AUGAGUUGGCAAAUAAAGACAAGUCCAAACUUAUCGCUUCCCCCUCUCUCUCUUUCUCAUCUCUUUUUCUCUCUGUCGUUCUCUCUUUCUCCCUCUGUCUUGUCCUCUUACUUUCUCUCUCCUUGCUCUUUCUUCCUCCCUCUCUUUCUCCCUCUGUAUCGCCCUAUUUCUUUCUCUCUCUCUCUCUCUCUCUCUCUCUCUCUCUAUCUUCUUCUCCCUUUAUCACACACGCUUUCUCUCUCUCUCUCUCUAUCUCUUCACUCUUUUUCUCUUUACCAGCCUCUCUCUCUCUCUUUCUCUCUCUCUUUCUCUCUCUUUCUUCCGCUGUCUUACUGUAUGUCUCUUUUUUUUCUCUCUCUUAUUUUUCUUUCUCUCGUUCUAUAUCACAUAUUUCUUUCUUUCUUUCUUUCUUUCUUUCUUUCUUUCUUUCUUUCUUUCUCUCUCUCUUCGUCUCUAGUCCCCUCUCUUGUCCUCUCUUUUUCUCGUUCUCGCUUUCUUCCUCUCUCUCUCUCUUUCUCUCUCUCUCUCUUUCUCUCUCUCUUGUUUUGUUUCUCUUUCAAUGUCACCCAGUCUCUCUUUCUCUAA